UGGUGCCGCUCGGUGUCGCUGUGCGUGUGCGUGUCUGUGGGGUGUGUGUGUGUGAGCAGCUGCUCGUCGCCGAGCGGGUGCGCGGGAGGGUCGCUCGGUGGCCGCUCUGAAGAGGCCAAAGAAUGGCGCGGAAAGUGAUGUACCCAUUAUAUCAGUUUGGAAACCCUCAACUUAGAAUAUUUCGAACAAACUUCUUUAUGACCCUCGUGAGACCUGGAAAGGAGCAACCGGAGGAUACAGUGCAGUUCAGAAUUCCCAUUGAGAUGACAAAAUAUGACGUGAAAAACUACUUGCAGAGCAUUUAUGACGUUCCUGUGGCCACCGUGAGGACCCGAAUACAGUACUGCACCAACAAAAAGAGAAAUCACAUGAAUCAGAGAGUGAAGCGUCCUGAUUACAAAGUGGCUUACGUUCAAUUGACCCAGGGUCAGACUUUCAGUUUCCCAGAUCUCUUCCCUCAAAAGGAUCCAACUCCUGAACCGGGCUCCAUGGAAGAAAUCCAACAGAAGUUCAUGGAGGAAGAGAGGCAGAAGCAUAUAUCAGACCCACGAAGAGGAGACGUCACCAACUGGUUUGGACUUUAAGACAAAACGUUUUGUUUUUCACAUCUUAAUUUAAGAGGGGGGUGCGGAAUGGGAGAUUGUUUUGCAGAUUGCAGCGGGCCGGUUCUCUCACUAAACGAAGCAGACAACACUUGUGUUUUGAAGGAAUUUCAGCCCCGUAAGGUUUAAGACUUCCUCAUGCAGUUCACCUCAAGGGCACCCCCCUGUGGACGUUUGUCUAUCUUGUGCAAUGUUUACUGAGCCAGAGCUGUCCUUCACCAAGUAAUUCAAGCGGCCCUUGUCACACAGCGGCCCGAGACAGGUUUGUUACUUCAUUUAAUUGGUUUCCAGUUAUCAGGCGAAUCACUGAGGAUUGAUCAACCAGGAUUGAGAGAGCAGCGUUAUGUUGGGGCCCUUCAACAUAGGAAUAUAUGUGUUCCCUGUUGCCCUCUUCCCGUCCUCUCCCCCCCCCCCCCCGUCCUCAGCCUGGGUUAAUCUAUUAAAAACGUAUACCAAACGUGGUGGGGGGGCAGAGAAAGAAUGGCAAUAAAGCGUUCUAACCAGGAUCAUGCCUGCCGUGGAAUUUAUUGGGUUGCUGUGUACACUGUGUUUUUGAUGGAGAGUCAAUAAAAUGGCAUCUAAACUA